AGAACCAUAAAUUUGUGCUUUGGGUGGGACCAGGCUUUAAAUGGGAAAUUGGUCAGCACCAAUGUCAAGUUCCAUGAGCCGAGGAGGUUUAGGCAUGCGACGGAUGCUCAAGAAUCAAGGUUUUGAUGUGUACUUGCUCAAUGAAUUCAAAAUGUCCUCGUGCUGUCCUGACUGCGGUGCCCAAUCCAAGGCCAUACCGACGAACGAAGCAGCCAGAAGCAUUAUGCCAUGUCCUUAAUUUCCGCAAGAUCCUGUUUGGCCACCGGGAGAAUAACAAAAGGCCGACACUUUUCAAGAGGAAGCGGGCCGAAGCGGAAGCCUCGAGUAGCAAGAUUCCAAAACAUUCAUGAUAUCAUCCGGAUCAGUUAUCGCUGUU